AUGACGGAUAAACUGGCGCUCAAGGUUCAUGGAAGCUGGGUCCUGUAUGGAAGCCCGUGCGAGGCUGUCCCGGAGACCCCGCGCUGCCUGCACCUCUCGUCUUGGAGGUCCUCAAUCAAUAAUGUUAACUGCCUGAGUGACACCAGCCCACCUAACUGCCUGGGUGACACCAGCCCACCUAACUGCCUGAGUGACACCAGCCCAUCUAACUGCCCGAGUGACACCAGCCCAUCUAACUGCCCGAGUGACGCCAGCCCAUCUAACUGCCCGAGUGACGCCAGCCCACCUAACUGCCCGAGUGACGCCAGCCCAUCUAACUGCCCGAGUGGCGCCAGCCCAUCUAACUGCCCGAGUGACGCCAGCCCAUCUAACUGCCCGAGUGACGCCAGCCCACCUAACUGCCCGAGUGACGCCAGCCCACCUAACUGCCCGAGUGACGCCAGCCCACCUAACUGCCCGAGUGACGCCAGCCCACCUAACUGCCCGAGUGACGCCAGCCCAUCUAACUGCCCGAGUGACGCCAGCCCAUCUAACUGCCCGAGUGACGCCAGCCCAUCUAACUGCCCGAGUGGCGCCAGCCCAUCUAACUGCCCGAGUGACGCCAGCCCACCUAACUGCCCGAGUGACGCCAGCCCACCUAACUGCCCGAGUGACGCCAGCCCACCUAACUGCCCGAGUGACGCCAGCCCACCUAACUGCCCGAGUGACGCCAGCCCACCUAACUGCCCGAGUGACGCCAGCCCACCUAACUGCCCGAGUGACGCCAGCCCACCUAACUGCCCGAGUGACGCCAGCCCACCUAACUGCCCGAGUGACGCCAGCCCACCUAACUGCCCGAGUGACGCCAGCCCACCUAACUGCCCGAGUGACGCCAGCCCACCUAACUGCCCGAGUGACGCCAGCCCACCUAACUGCCCGAGUGACGCCAGCCCACCUAACUGCCCGAGUGACGCCAGCCCACCUAACUGCCCGAGUGACGCCAGCCCACCUAACUGCCCGAGUGACGCCAGCCCACCUAACUGCCCGAGUGACGCCAGCCCACCUAACUGCCCGAGUGACGCCAGCCCACCUAACUGCCCGAGUGACGCCAGCCCAUCUAACUGCCCGAGUGGCGCCAGCCCACCUAACUGCCCGAGUGGCGCCAGCCCACCUAACUGCCCGAGUGGCGCCAGCCCACCUAACUGCCCGAGUGGCGCCAGCCCACCUAACUGCCCGAGUGGCGCCAGCCCACCUAACUGCCCGAGUGGCGCCAGCUCACCUAACUGCCCGAGUGGCGCCAGCCCACCUAACUGCCCGAGUGGCGCCAGCCCACCUAACUGCCCGAGUGGCGCCAGCCCACCUAACUGCCCGAGUGGCGCCAGCCCACCUAACUGCCCGAGUGGCGCCAGCCCACCUAACUGCCCGAGUGGCGCCAGCCCACCUAACUGCCCGAGUGGCGCCAGCCCACCUAACUGCCCGAGUGGCGCCAGCCCACCUAACUGCCCGAGUGGCGCCAGCCCACCUAACUGCCCGGGGGGCGCCAGCCCACCUAACUGCCCGGGGGGCGCCAGCCCACCUAACUGCCCGGGGGGCGCCAGCCCACCUAACUGCCCGGGGGGCGCCAGCCCACCUAACUGCCCGGGGGGCGCCAGCCCACCUAACUGCCCGGGGGGCGCCAGCCCACCUAACUGCCCGGGGGGCGCCAGCCCACCUAACUGCCCGGGGGGCGCCAGCCCACCUAACUGCCCGGGGGGCGCCAGCCCACCUAACUGCCCGGGGGGCGCCAGCCCACCUAACUGCCCGGGGGGCGCCAGCCCACCUAACUGCCCGGGGGGCGCCAGCCCACCUAACUGCCCGGGGGGCGCCAGCCCACCUAACUGCCCGGGGGGCGCCAGCCCACCUAACUGCCCGGGGGGCGCCAGCCCACCUAACUGCCCGGGGGGCGCCAGCCCACCUAACUGCCCGGGGGGCGCCAGCCCACCUAACUGCCCGGGGGGCGCCAGCCCACCUAACUGCCCGGGGGGCGCCAGCCCACCUAACUGCCUUGAACUUGAUUGGAGGAAUCUCUAG